AUUUUACGAUGCUUUUACAUUAUUAUAAUCGGAGAUUAUUAUGGGCAUUAGUCAUAAAAGCCAUGAACGAAAGUCAGAUAAAGAAACUCAGUCUCCAGUGUUGAAGAUAUUCAAGGACAUGAUGCAGAGAGAGAAAACAGAUCCAGAGAAGAUUAACCUACUAAGGGAUGUUAAAAAUAAGAUUAAAGAUAAGAGGAAGAAAUCAUACUCGGAUUCAAGAUCCAACAAGACAGACCACAAAUCCUACGACUCAAGCAGCACAGAUAGGUAUAAAAGUCACAAGCACGGUAAGAUUACCGUUCAAAAUCUGCAAGAGGACCAACAUUCGAGCCGAGACAGAUCCAGAAGUUCGGUUUAUCAAGAUGAAAGGAGAGAAAGUUGGUGGUUUUGGAAGGAUAACAGGAGUUGUCGUCACAUGAAAAAAAAAUCGGAAGACACUUACUCUUGCGUUUCUUGCGCGCUGAAGAAUGUGAUCCACUCACAAUACACAUGUGUAUGCUUUCUCCUGAUCCUCUUUGCCGCAUCUGUGGUAGUGACCUUCCUCCUGGUCUUCAAGAACAUGCCUCCGUCUGAUGAAGCACCAGCAGAAGCCCAGGGUUCGAACUUGGCAGGCAAGAUUCAGCUGAUGCUGAAGGCAAAGCGCCAGCUGACCGAGAACUAUGGAUAUGACUUUACUGAGAAGACUAAAUGGGAUGACUCUUUGAUGAACCCGGUUGGCAAUUUACCCAACGUCUUGGGUUCUGAAUAUCCGGGGAACCCGUAUAAAGGAUCGAUUAUCAUGGAUGACUUAGAAGCUGGCAUUAGUGAAGACUUGGCGAGUAUCUUGGACAACGGAAAAAUGAUGGAAGGCCAAACUAACAAAAGGUUAAGAGAGUUUUUCAAGAAACUCCUACAAACAGACGCACAAAUUAGAAAACUGAAGCAGACCACAAAUAACAACAAUUACCAAAUUGACAAUAUAAAAACAGGCAGAUACAAAAGAGCUUUAAAAAAGUUAAUAAAUAAACAUAUUGAUAACGCCAAAGCUAAUAGACACAAAGUUAAAAAACAUACCAAAAAAAGUACCUGUGGUGAAAUAUAUAAAAAUGAUAAAAAAAGAUACGCAACAACCGCUAGUGCUUUAGAAUUACCUAGCUACGUGAUUGAAUCUAAAGAGGUUGUAAUACGUCACGAUCCAGAUAAAAAAAGGAAUUUCCCGAAAUGCUCUCACGUAAAGAAUGAAAAAACUCAUGAGAAAGAUUUGAAAAAUCCAUUCUACAAACACAGUCAAAUGAUUGACGAUAUGCUUGACCCAUACACAACAUUUGACGCCACAACUGAUAAUUUUGAUAUUAUUUUCGAUAAUAAUAUCGAUGAACAUUUGGAGACUACAAAUAAAACAUAUGAUACUGAUAAAGAUGAUGAAAGUUUAAUAGAAUCAAUUACGAAAAUGAGUCCUAAACCAAAAGUUGGUGAGAAAUCUAACGAACAUGAAAACAGUUUAAAGAAAUAUGAAAAAAGUAAUGAGCAUGUCAAUAUUGUAAAGAGUAAUGACAAAAGUAGUGGUCAUGAAAGCAGCAUACAUAAUCAUGCCAAUAAUAAUAAUUAUCAUAAAAGUAUUCAAAGCCAUAGUGAUAAAAAUUCUGAAACAAGUUUUAAAGCAGCAAAAGACUACGAUAAGCGAAUGCGAGAGAAAGCACAGUUUAAACGAUUUGAUGACAAGAAUGAUGGGCCAACACAUCAACAUCUUGCUCAUUAUUUUACUACAAUAAGAACAACGCUUGGUAAUGAUGUAAAAAAAAGUGAUAUUGAUGAUGAUCUUUAUUUUACCAUUCCAAGUUUAAUAAAUCCAAUGAACAAAGCCGUUUUUAAACCUAAUUUAGUAAGAAAUCUACAUACUGGACAGAGAAAACUUUUACAAGAUGAUGAGGAAGACGAAGAACAUGAAGAACUCGGUUACGAAGACCUAAAUGAAGUACUCACUGACGACAAAGAGGGUCACGACGAUAUGGAUAGACAUGGGGAAAAGAAAAAAAGACACGAUGAAGGGCAUUUCAUUAUAUCAGGAGAAUUCAACCAAGAUAAGCACAAUCCUCCUAUUGUUUACAAUCAAAAUUGGAAAGGACCAAUGCCGCUUUACCCGGAUGAACUAAAUGCUAUAAUAAAGCAGGCUGAUUUACAAAAUCUCGAUAUGCAAGUACCUGUGAAUACAAAAGAUAUCAAAGAAAAAAGAAAUAUAGGAGAAAAAGAAAUAAGUGACACUCAGUAUGUUGAAGAUUAUGCCGAUAAUAAAUACAAGAAAAUUAUAAGAAUGGCUCAAGCGUAUAGUGACUAUGGAGUGCUGAGUAAUAAAAAAGAAAAUAUAAAUAAGAGCAGUAGAAGGGCUAAAUCCCAUUAUUUGUCAAGACUUUUCAGUAUGCAAAAUAUCUUUGGGAACCCAGGAAAAGGUUCAACUCGAGCGUCAGAGAUUAAUUUUGGAUUCAAUGUCAGACCUGGAAGUACAUCAAAUAACAAAGACUUCUUAGAUGCCUUCAAAAAACAUUUGAAAUUUUGUGGAACUUCCCAUGGGACCAGCACAGCUCUCAACCCUAUGGAGCAGCCUAUAAACCCAAUGAACUUUGAAUUAGAAAAAUUACUCAUGCCAUCGUAUAAUUUACUUGAUACAAGUUUAGAUGCAUCAACUACUAUUCCAACGUCAUGUCUUAUACUGUCAAUCAAAAAAAGUUCAAGGACGCCUAAAUCUAUAUAUGUGACAAAUGGAGACACUGAUGGAAUAAAAAAAGCUAAACUACAGAGUGUUCAUGAAGUAUUCAAUAUAGGGGAUCUUAAUAUGGCAGAUGAAACGAGAGAUAUAAUAGAUAAAAGUAGUGUUUUAAAUCAGAAUGAAAUUAAAGAAAGAACACAUGGAAAUUGCCCAUUUAAUGCAGCUUAUAACAAUAUCGCAAAUAAACGACCAAAUAGUUUAACUUUAAGAAAAUGUUUAAGAUCGCUAAAAUCUAUAGAUUUAAUAAAUGAUACUAUCAGUAGUACAUUCAAUAAAACAAGUAAACUUGAGUUAACUGCAAGGGAUAUCACAAUUAAAAACGAUACGGAUAAAUUGAAUGAUACAGUAGAUGAAACCAACUCACUUAAUCUUACUAAAAGUCAUAUUAUUAAUAUAGCUAAAAACAAAUCUAACAACGGAAUAAACGGUAUUCAAGGUUUUAUGAAAAUAAUGUCAAAUUGGUUUUACACUGUAGCUAAAUUAUCUGGAGAAAUAAAGAAUGAAGUAAUAAAGGAAUCUAAAAGAAAUAAUAAUACUUUAUUUAAUCAAACUGCACCGAAACCAAAAGGCAAAAUAACAGAAGAGAAUAUUAACUUUAUGUAUCCAUCGUAUGGAGUGGAAAUGGUAGACAAUAUCGGUCACAGAUCCAGAAUGUUGAUGUCGCUCGAUGAUAAUUCCGCCGUAAAAGAUGAACGGGAAAUGGAGAAAUCCAUUUCUAAAACUGAUCAUGAUUCCAAAAAGACUUUUAGUGCAGAAAUAGAUGACAUUGUACCAGUAGCGCUCGCUUUAGCUACCAAUGAUACAGAAAAACCAAAUGCCAAAUCAAAAACUGAGGACAAUGCAACUAGAACUGUAGCUAAAAGAAGUUUAAGAGAGAAUUUAGUAUUUUGGAACGAUUUAUAUGACAAUAAUGAAUAUGGCGUAAAAGUUGAUUACACAGAUGAUAUUCGCGAUCCCAGAGGGAAGCAAACUAGAAAUAUUCUUAAUAAAUCCAAAACCUGGCUGCAAGGCAAAAUAAGUAAUGUAACACACAAAUUAAAAGGAAAGUGGAAGCAGAAUACUAUCCAGAAGAAAACUACUUGCGCAACGGAUAAUUUAUUAGGAAAAACGUUUAAUGAUACUCUCGGACCUUCUGAAGUUGUUAUUAAAGAACGUUAUGCAAGAGACAGUGAUCGAACUCUACGUAGAAACACAAAGAAAAAUUUCGCCGCUCUAAAUGCUAACAUGAAGAAAGUCUGCCAAGAAGCUGCGAAAGCUAUACAGAAUACAAAGAAUAUUGAAGUGAGAGAGAGCAGCAAGGAGAACGCAGCUGCCACGUCUAUAAUGCAACAACUGGUACGGAUGAUGUCUGACCUGGUAGAUAUCCAGGUACAGCAGAAGACUUGUGCGAAACUACCGUCAGAUCUGCACAACUUUCUUGAAUGGUUAACUGCCCCGUCUGAUGACAGCACUCAUACUGAUGAAUUGAUUAAACUUGACGUUGCAGCGAAAUCUACGGAAACGAGCUUUGAAUAUCUAACCACAGUAACUGAAGACUCCAAUCAAGAUGACAAAACUGAAUGUCUGGGGACCAUACGCGCUGUCCAGGACUUGAUACAGCAGUACGACGGCAUGGCGGACGAAGAAAAGAAUAACAUAACCGGCGUUAGAGAAUAUCUGGAAAAUCAACUGCUGUUUCUGAAUAAUAAAAUAAACAACUUCUAUGAUAACAUGCUGUUCAAGUAA